AUUUCGUACUAAUGCCUGUUAACGUGAUUGUUCUUGCUCAUUGGAUAUUGUGUAUUCUUGACAUUAAGAUGAGAUGCUUAAAAGUGUUGAAUUCUAUGAGGUUUGGGAGGUACAAGAACAACUCAGAGAGUUUUGUUCGUGCAUUUGCUGUAAUAAUUCCUAUCUUACUGUCACAUGUUAAUUUCUAUGAGGGGAGAAAAGAUAUUGACAGGAGUAGUAAGCACUGGCAAGGUAAAAAAGAUACUGAUGCGUUUGAUAUUGUCGUGGUUGAUAAUUUGCCACAACAAGAGGAUAGUGAUUGUGGUGUUUUUAUCAUAAAGUAUGCUCAUUUCUUCAUGCAUGGAUUGAUUGAUAAGAUUCCUAAGAAGUUGGACAUUGCAUUCACUCGGAAGAAGUUGUGUGUUGAUCUGUUUGUUCAUGCAAAGAAGAAGGAGUUGGGUGGGUACGAGUCUACUUCGGAGCAUCCAGGAAGGAUGCCAUAGUUUUAUGUAAUAGAACAACAUGUUGGAAACCUAGUUUACAUUUUUUUUUGAACUUUAUGUGUAUUUUUAUGUCAUGUUGUUUUGUUUUUAGGUUUAUGUUUGUGUUUGUUUAAGAAACUGUUUGGAACAGUAAUAUUUUAGGAGACUCUUGCCUAUUUUAAUUUUGAAGUAACCUUUUGGUUUACUGGCACA